UGUUUGUCUUAUUUUAGAACAAUAUGGCCGACAGUUCUGUAACAGAGGAGAAGAGCCGCUCAUUUGAGUUUGACGAUAUUUUUGAACACGUGUCCUCCUUUGGAAAAUACCAAAAAAUCUUAUAUUUCUGCACUUUAUUGCUUGUUUUUCCAGUAACAAACCAGUUCUCUUUGUUAGUGUUUGGUUUUGGUACUCCUAAGUUUCAGUGUGUGACACCAAAUGUCACGUGCGAGGCAAGGAAAUGUUGUGAUGGAUGUCACGCUUACGAAUUUAUAGGACCUCUUCAGACCACCGUGUCCGAGUGGAACUUGAUUUGUGACCGCGCGUUCCUGGGUGCAACGAUACAGUCCUGUUUCUUUGCUGGAAUGUUGGUAGGUUCACUUGUGACCGGGAUGAUUUCAGACGCCUGGGGCCGAAAGAAAUGUAUCUUCAUCUGCAAUGCAAUCAUGUUGAUUACCGGCUUUCCUUCAGCUUUUGUUCAUUCUAUUCCGUUAUUCGCGGUUCUUCGCUUCAUGGUCGGUUUUGGCUUGACUGGAGUGAUGCUCUCCCUUUACAUUUACGGAAUGGAAUUGGUUGGCCCAAAUAAUAGAACAGCUGCUGGAAAUAUUACGUAUUUUUACUACAAUGGCUUUCAAAUGUUGUUUGUCCUCAUCGCUUAUCUUGAACGCGACUGGAGGAAUCUGAGUUUGAUAGCUACUGUCCCAGCUACUUUGCUAUUCCCAUUUUGGAAGCUUAUUCCAGAAUCUCCCCGAUGGCUUGUCGCUCACGACCAACUGGACGAGGCUAAAUCCAUCAUCGAGGCUUUUGGAAGCAAAGAUAAGAAACCUUUAGAUUCAGAAGUGAUACGAUCUCUAUUGGAGGGAGUAAGAAGGGAACAGAUCGAGAAAAGACAGCAAAAAAAGUAUAAUCCCAUCCACAUGUUUCUUACGCCGAAGCUUAGGAAAUGGACGGCAAUCAUCUGUUAUCAGUGGUUUGUGGUAGCCAUGGUCAAUGUUGGGAUGUUCAUAUUCAUCUCCCAAUUGGUCGGUGACCUCUAUGUUAGUUACGUUGUUAUAGAGAUCCUCACAGUUGUCCGAAUACCCGUCACGUGGAUUCUAUAUUUAAAAUUUGGUCGUCGCAUUUGUCAUGGCAUUAUCAUGAUCCUCGUGGGCGCCAUCUUUCUCUUGGUUUUACUGGUGCACAAAGAAUCUGACGUGGCAACAACGGUAUUGUCCCUCUUUGGAUACCUGUUGAUCGACUGCACUCGGACAAGUAUUUACUUGAUGACCUCUGAGUUGUUUCCAACCGUUCUAAGAAACACGGGUCAAGGUAUAGGGUCGACUGGUGCACGGAUUGGUGGAAUAUUGGCGCCUUAUGUUGUUUUGAUGAGUCAGCUUCCAGGCCUCAGUAUUGUCUUCCCAGUUGUGAUUUUUGGCGUGGUUGCAACGCUUGCUGGGAUUUUAAUGUAUUGGAUUCCAGAGACACUCUAUUCUCCUAUGCACCAAACUAUUGAAGAAGCUGAGGCAGCCGAAGACGAUUACGGGAUACCUUACUGUGGGAAAAGGAUUGAGCUGCGCAGGCGCAAAAAGGCGAAUGAUGUAGAAGUAGUAUGGCUUUAAAGAGGCUAACGAGUAAAUAGUUGAGGCCUUGGGGCAACUUUUCUGUUGCAGGGAGGUUUACUUUUACACUUGCAAGGUCAGCAUUCAUUUAUAGUUUUCAUAAUUAGAUGUUUUUUACUGGCUUAGAACAGCAGGAAUGCUAAUACAGGUUGUUUUAUGUAGAAUGAGAGCGAUUACCGUCGUUCACCUCUUAAUUAGAGACCAGUCAUUACUCAUCGCCCGGGGGUGGUACUCUAGUGAUUUCCCAUCGUUAGCAGACAAUUUUCUAUUGGCACCUCCCCUUCGUUUGUACCCUGCAAGUGACCACUGUUCCCCCCUCGGUUCCCCUUAAAAACCACGUGAUCCUCCUCAAACAUCCUUUCCCCCCCUUCCCCGGUGAUAAAUACUGACUGGUCCCUUAAGCACCCAAUUAUUAAUCUCGUACCCAGAUCUUACCAUAUAAUUGUUACUACUUAGCCGUAUGAGACUACCCAAUUAUAAUAUGUCAAAGAUGGAAAAGGGAUAAGUAACAAAUAGGUUAUAUAUAGCUGUAAUGUAGA